GCUUGCGAACGGCACUCGAGCUGCUGCGAGAUGCACAUCAAGUCAUUGAGCAUACAAGGCUUCAAGAGCUACAGAGAUCAGACGAUUGUCGAUCCUUUCAGUGAGGGCAUCAAUGUCAUCGUAGGCAGAAACGGGUCUGGCAAGUCGAACGCCUUCGCCGCCAUCCGAUUCGUGCUCUCAGACGCCUACACUUCCUUACAACGGCACGACCGACAAGCCCUUCUCCACGAAGGCUCGAGUUCAACGGCCACUUUCGCAGCCUACGUCGAGAUCGUGUUCGACAAUAGCGAUCACCGGUUCCCCACGGGCAAGAAUGAGACGGUGAUCAGGAGGACGAUAGGAGCGAAGAAGGAUGAAUACCUGCUCGAUCGAAAGACGACGCCAAAGGGUGAAGUCAUGUCGCUCCUCGAGACUGCAGGCUUCAGCAGGAGUAAUCCGUACUACAUCGUCCCUCAGGGCAGGAUCACCCAUCUUACCAACCAGAAAGAUCACGAACGACUCGAUUUGCUCAAGGAAGUCGCAGGCACGAGGGUGUACGAAGACCGUCGCGCAGAGUCUGCAAAGAUCAUCGAAGAGACUGACGCAAAAAGAGAGAAGAUCAACGAGCUCCUCGUGUUUAUCGAGGAUCGCAUGAAGGAGCUCGAUGAGGAGAAGAAAGAACUCAAAGACUUCCAGCAGAAAGAUCGGGAGCGUCGCUGCAUCGAAUACGCGCUCAAUCACAAAGAGCUGCAAGAAGUCAUUGCCACGCUUCAACAAAUUGAAGACGAUAGACAGGAGGAACUUCAAGAGGGCGAGAGCCGCAGCACACGCUUUGCUGAGCGCGAGCAGCACAUCACGGAUCUGGAUGCCAAGAUUGGCGAGUUCCGACAGCGGCUAGCUUUGCUGAGUCUCGAGAAGCGUCAACUUGCCGUCGAGCACAGCGAGACCGUCAAGGCUCAGACAGAGCUUUCCUGCACAAUCAAGGACCUCGAAGAUACUGUUGACUCGACGAAACAAUCGCGCGAGGUUCUGCAUGAAGAGCUUGGUCAGAUCGAAGCCACAAUAGCCAACAAAGAACAAGAGCUGCUAGAAGUCUUGCCUCAAUGGGAGGACCGCGUCCAAGAGGAAGCGGAACGGUUUGCAGAACGCGAACAGGCGUCUGCUCGAUUGCAAGCUCUGCGAUCGAAGCAAGGCAGAACUGCUCAAUUCGCCACAAAAGCCGACCGGGAUGCUUAUUUGAGUGCAGAGGUACGCAAAGUCGAAGAAGCUCUGCAAGAACGCCAGACGAGCGCUAGUGAUAUCGAAACCGAGCUCGAAGAAGCCAAGACGGCUCAGAAACAGUUGAGCGUGCAAGCUGGCGAGCUACGAAGGGAGCUCGAAGGGCGCAAGGAGACACUUCGCACGCUCGGUACAGAGUCGCAAGGUCUGAAAGAGCAGCGCGAUGAGCUUAUCGAGCGACGUAAAGAACUCUGGAGGGAGGAAGCCAAAGUCGAAUCGAACGUGGCCCAUUCUCGAGAGGAGCUCAGAAAGGCAGAACGCAUCCUCAACAAUGCUAUCGACAAGCGUACCUCUCUGGGUCUUCGAGCAGUAGCAGAUAUCACGCAAGAAUAUGGCAUCCAAGGCGUCUAUGGACCGCUUUGCGAGCUUUUCACCGUUGAGGAUCGAUACAAAACCGCUGCCGAGGUCACUGCUGGCACUUCGCUAUUCCAUGUCGUAUGUGAUACUGACGAGACAGCUGACAAGGUGCUCAAGAUCAUGAUCGAACGCAAAGCUGGCCGAGUCACCUUUAUGCCUCUCAACCGACUGCAACCAAAAGCAGUACAAUAUCCAGACUCGACAGAUGCCAUCCCGAUGAUUCGCAAGGUCACUUUUGAAGAACGCGAUCGCAAGGCCUUCGAGCAGGUCUUUUCUCGGACUGUCAUCUGUCCUAAUCUAGCCAUCGCCGCUGGCUACGUUCGCAGUCACGGUCUGAAUGCAAUUACGCUCGAUGGCGAUAAAGUAGACCGCAAGGGUGCUCUGACGGGCGGCUACCACGAUGUGCGCCGCUCGCGGAUCGAUGCCGCUCGUCAGAUCAAGACGUGGCAAAGCAAGCUCGAGCAAGACACGCUGCGACAUAACGAAAUCAGAACAGAAGUCAUCCGACUCGAUCAAGCCGUCACGCAACUUGUCGGCAGGAUCCAGAUCAUCGAUAAUCGUCGUCGUCAGAUGCUAGAGAAUCGUGGAGCACUCAUUCAGCAGGCCGAUACUCUGCGCAAAGACGAUGAAGAUAUCAGACAACGUCUUUCUCGUCUAGAGGCCGCUCUUACGCAACGGCAAACUGACAUCAAGUCGCUGAGCACGCAAAUUGCUGCUUAUCGCUCAGAGCUCGAAGCGCCGAUGGAGCCCGGUCUGGCGCCAGAGGAGCAAGCAACACUCACGGCACUUACCGUCGAUGUCCAGCGACUGGACCGACAGCUGUUUCAGCUGACGACUUCGAGCAGUGAGCUGGCUAAGCAGCGACAGCUACUCGAAAUAGACUUGCAAGAGAAUCUACGUCGACGUCGCGAAGAUAUACGAGGGCAACUCGAACGUAUGAACGCGGCCGAAGAGAAUCCGGAUAUCGACGCGGCCGAGGAGGAUGGUAUCGCGAGCCGCAAGACCGAUCUUGCCAAACUCGAUGCGCGCGACAAGCUGAUGGCUGCUCGAGCGUCAGAACUCGAGACCGAGAUCGAAGAGAUGCAGAAGGACCUCCGGACACUGCAAAGUGACGUCGAAAGUGCACAGCAGACGCAAGCCGAGGAGAGCAAAGUCAUCGCGAAGCAAUCACGCUCUGCUGAGCGAUAUCUAAGUAAACGACAGCUCCUCAUCACGCGCAGAGACGAGUGCAAUGCUAGCAUACGAGACCUCGGCGUCUUACCCGAGGAAGCUUAUACGAAAUAUACAGAGACCGCGUCUGCUCAGCUAUUGAAGAAGCUGCACGCGGCGCACGAAAGCCUAAAGGGAUUCUCGCAUGUCAACAAGAAGGCUUACGAGCAAUACAACAACUUCACGCGCCAGCGUGACCAGCUGCUCGGUCGACAUGAGGAACUCGACGCGUCUGCAGAUUCGAUCCAUGAGCUCAUCGAAAGCCUUGAUCAACGCAAGGACGAGGCCAUCACACGAACGUUCAAGCAGGUCGCCAAGAACUUCUCAGAGGUCUUUGAGAAGCUUGUGCCAAACGGCAGAGGCAGGCUCAUCAUGCAGCGUCAAGCUGAUCAGGAGGGCGAAGACGAUGAGGAAGAUGAUCUAGAAGAAGCAGGCGGACAGCCGACAUCGAAGAAGCGCAAGGCCAAGUCUGCCCGAGCGGUACCGGCAAAGCCAACACAGAUUCGACCGAUUGGUAGCUAUACUGGCGUAGCCAUCAAAGUAUCGUUCAAUUCAAGAUCAGACGAGGGACUGCGUAUCUCGCAGCUGUCAGGCGGGCAGAAAUCACUUGUCGCACUGGCAAUGGUCUUUGCAAUCCAGAAAUGCGAUCCUGCGCCAUUUUACCUCUUUGACGAGAUCGAUGCGAAUCUGGAUACCGAGCGACGCGAAGCAGUCGCUGCAAUGAUUGCAGAGCUCGGUCAAGAAGCUCAAUUCAUCAUCACAACUUUCAGGCCCGAGCUGCUACGUCACGCCGACAAACACUUUGGCGUCAUCUUUGAUGAUCGGAAAGUGAGCACGAUCAAAGAGAUCACCCUGAGCGACAGCGAGCAAUUCUAUACAUCAGUAGCUAUGGAGGAGGAAGUCGCAGCACUCGUCAUCGACAAUGGUUCCGGCAUGUGCAAGGCCGGAUUCGCUGGUGACGAUGCACCCCGAGCAGUCUUUCCUUCUAUCGUCGGUCGACCUCGUCACCAGGGUGUCAUGGUCGGUAUGGGUCAAAAGGACUCAUAUGUCGGCGAUGAAGCUCAAUCGAAGCGAGGUAUCCUCACGCUCAAAUACCCUAUCGAGCAUGGUAUCGUCACCAACUGGGACGACAUGGAAAAGAUUUGGCAUCAUACCUUCUACAACGAACUGCGUGUCGCGCCGGAAGAGCACCCAGUCUUGCUGACAGAAGCGCCGCUCAAUCCAAAGGUCAACAGAGAAAAGAUGACCCAGAUCAUGUUUGAGACCUUCAACGCGCCUGCCUUCUACGUCGCCAUUCAGGCCGUCCUGUCCCUCUACGCUUCCGGCCGAACGACCGGUAUCGUCCUGGACUCUGGCGAUGGUGUCACCCACACCGUGCCCAUCUAUGAAGGUUACUCGCUACCCCACGCUAUCCUCCGUCUCGAUCUUGCCGGUCGCGAUCUUACUGACUACCUGAUCAAGGUACUCAUGGAGCGUGGAUACUCUUUCACCACGACUGCAGAACGUGAAAUCGUUCGCGACAUCAAGGAGAAGCUCUGCUACGUCGCUCUCGAUUUCGAGCAGGAGAUGCAGACUGCCGCUCAGUCCUCGGCGCUCGAAAAAUCCUACGAAUUGCCCGACGGUCAGGUCAUCACGAUUGGUAAUGAAAGAUUCCGUGCUCCCGAGGCACUCUUCCAGCCUUCGCUGCUCGGUCUCGAAUCUCAGGGUAUCCACGACACGACCUACAACUCGAUCAUGAAGUGCGAUCUCGAUAUCAGAAAGGAUCUCUACGGCAACAUCGUCAUGUCCGGCGGUACGACCAUGUAUGCGGGCAUCAGCGAUCGUAUGCAGAAGGAGAUCACCUCGCUUGCACCUUCGAGCAUGAAGGUCAAGAUUGUGGCACCCCCAGAGCGAAAGUACUCUGUCUGGAUCGGUGGAUCUAUCUUGGCCUCCCUGUCGACUUUCCAACAAAUGUGGAUCUCGAAGCAAGAGUACGACGAGGGCGGUCCCCAGACGUCCUCCCCAAAUCUCAUUCAUCGCUACCUCCGGCUCCCUUGGCGGCUGGCGCGAGAUGACGGGAGGACGAUCAAAGCGCACCUCGAUACCUGCCAUGCCUUACGAAAAAAAGUCAAGAUCAUUACAAUAGCUCGAUGGCCUGUAAGCUCAAUGAACAUGCUGUCGGGUCUUGUUUCGUGCACGAGCGCCGAUUUGAUACCAUCGUCUGACGUUCUCGCGGAUUUGAGGAAAUCCAUGCACAGACUGAAAUUUGCUGCCUGUUGUUGUCAAAGAGACGCGCCUCUGUGGUCUGCAGCGAUUCCGGGUCAGCACUCAGUCGCUGACAUGGUGGUCGUUCGAGCGGACGCCCUCGUGCAGGCGCUGUCGCCAGCCGCGCUUCAACACGAACUGCAACAAUUUCGAGAGAUCAGCUUGGUCAAGGAGAAUGAGCACUCUUGGGAACGCAUCGAGAAGGGUCUGCAACGAUUCAGCAAUGCGCUCAAGAGCAGCGCUUGUGGCUCACUCGCCGAGGAGCUUGUCAAGACCUUUCGCGAAAAGGACAUCAUCAACUUUAUGGUUGCCUCGCUAGCGACGGAACGUACGCGACUGUCUGGCUCGGCGCUUGGCGUCAUGACGGCGCUCUGUACGCUCGAGCAAGCCUACUUACCCCUUUUUCGCAUCUACGUACCAGAGAUCCUCAGACUUCUCGCGCGAGCCAAUAAGAUCUAUAUCAUCAGAGCCCAAGACAGCAUCAAUACCAUCAUCCGUCAGACCCAUCUCACUCAGAUCCUGCCCUUCAUCACAGAACACUUUGACGACAAGAGUGCGACUGUGCGCAAAGGCUGCGCCGACGCCUUUCUUGUCGCUCUGCAGCCAGGCGGCAUAGAGCACUCUGCCUGUGGCAGGAAACAGUGGGAAGAGGUUGAAUCGGUCAUCAAGAGAGGCUCGAUUGACAAGGAUGUCAAGAUCAGAGAAGUCUGUCGAAAGAUCUGGGAUACUUAUCGCUCUAUCUGGCCCGCCAGAGCUGAGGAAUUCAUUGCGCCACUUACGCCGACAAUCAGACGCUACCUGAACCUGCAAAGCGGCGGUCUCGCUAGCUCGACUUCCAGCGCCACUGAUAAGCUCGGAAAAUCCCUACUCUCCUCGCGCACAGGUCCGUUAGCUGUCAGUUCGGCUAACAUUCAGCCAUUAGCGCCAUCCACUCGACCUGAGCCAGCUCGCUCGGCGACUAUGCCGACUGCUGCCCGGCGUGCUAUGACCCAGUCACAUGCACCAGUACGGGCACAUACCGCUAGUCAGCCCUUGCGUGCGCCUGCCGCACCUGUCCGUGCACCCACUGCUACCGGACUCUCCUCGAGCGCACAUGGCAGUAAUCGUCGCGCACAGGGACAAGCUGAACGGGCUCAGACGGCUAUUGGACUUACCUCACCAAUCCGAACGAUGACGACGGCAAGCAGAGCUCAGACUUCGCCGCCAUCUAGAUCGCGAGACGUCAUGCAGGCUGCUAUGCGUCAAGCUACCGGCAAAGAGCAACAGGAACGCUCGACGGGCUUCAAACCUACUCGACCCGUCCUCAGAGCAGGUCGAGCACCGUUGCCUGCUUCACAGGUUGCGCCUGCUCAAACAGCCGAGCCCAGUGCGCCUAUGACCGCUGGCAGGUCGGUCCGCGUGCUGCCUAUCUCUGCCUCUCUCGCUGCCAGCACUUCUGUCGAAGCCGAGUCUGACAAGGCAACAAGCCCAACAGUGGUGCGGAAACCUACUUCGCCUGGUCAGGCGUCUACUGCCGCAAGCUCGCCAGUGAUGUCUCGCGGCACGUCCAGAGAACUUUCAGUCGUGCCUUCGCCGCGUCCCCUCGGCAAGCCAGGCCAGCCCGUUCGAGCUGCCACCGCGCCUACGCAGGCCGCUCCUGCAGACAAGGUACCCGCUCGGGCGCGUAGCAUCUUUGCGCCGACCGCGUCCAGUCUUGCGAAAGCCGCAGAAGCCAAAGCGAAACGAGCAGCAUCCCAACCUACAGGCUUUCAGGCUAACACGAAGCGGGUCAUCAGUGCUGGCAGCCAAGCUACUGCGAAUCGUCUUGCGGCCGUUCGAGCGGAGAAAGCAGCGUCAAAGAAGCGCGACGAAGAGCUAGCGGAGCAGAGAGAAUCGCAGCGCAUUGCAGAACAAGAGCGCGUUGCUCUGGCUCGGCAGGAAGAGCAGAGACAACGCAAUGCAGAUGCAGCGGAGCGGGCAGAAGCACGACGUCGAGAAGAGCAAGAAGCGGCUGCCGAAGCGGCAAAGCUGAAAGAAGAGGAAGAGGAGCAAGAACGAAUGCGCGAAGUCGAGGAUCGCCUUGCUGCCGAGCAAGCGCGUGAAGACGAAGCUAGCACUACCCAGGCGGAGGCGGAAACGAUUUCUCCUGGAUUGCCACAAGCGUGCUUCGUUGACCGAGAUGAAGAGCUUGUGCAGGAUAUCGAGCCGACCCUCUCUACUGCUAAAGAUGUGUUAAUUACCGAGCUGGAGACAGUCGAGCAUGAAGACGAGCUUGCUGAGCCUGACACGGAGCCCGCCGAGGCGGAGCCUGACCUUGCCUGUCUCAAGGAUGAUGCCGAUGAGGCAGCUUUUGCCGAGCCUGACGAGCACUCGAUCCGAGGCAGCCCGCAAGAAUUAACCUUCAAUGCCGACAACGAUGGUGUUGCUCCGGGGCUUCAAAUCGAGCAAGACUUGCCGUCAUCGCCCGCUGCCACGAACGAUGACGAUGUUCAGAACGUCAGCAUGACGGUGGGAGCGUCGAUGCGUCCGACAGAUGUUCCAGAAGUCGAUGUGAUUGAUGGGACAGUGACUGUCGAGCCGGACACAGCUGCUGCUGCUGAUGCUGCAGCAGCAUUGUUGCAAACAGCCACGCUUCAGGCCGAGGAAAGUCUUGAUGAGGAGUUGUCCAUCGAUUCAGCUAUCGACCAUGCCGCAACGGGUGCAGUGUCGUCGCCCUCGCCUGCGAAUGAGCUGCCGACCCCGACCGAAGUGGAUGCUCCUCAGGACGAAUCUGCUGAUCACGACCUGGACGAUUCGCUUAUCUCGGCAGAGGAUGAAGAGGGCGGAGGAGGCCGACUGUUGGACGAGACAAACGUUCACGGAUGUUUCGCAGACGUGCAGGAUCUGACAGCGAUUGACAAUGACGAAGAGGAGGUCAGCAUGACGGCAACGUCAGAUUCCGUCGCGUACUCGCCCUACUUUCACGGCCUUCGCGCUCGUAUCGCUGCCGAAUCAGAAGCACAAGCAGGCUUACAAUGUGAUACGUCUCUCGCACAGUCGCUUCCUUCACGAGGUCUGCCUUCGCCACCCAUGACCACCGCUGCGCUGCAUCCUGUCAGUACGGUCGUACAACUCGCCACGCCGAGACAUAAUCAUGUUCUGUCGAGCAAGACGCCGAUGAGCGAGAUGUCCAGAGUUGCAAGAAGCUUCUCCUCGCUCAAAGUAGCUACGCCAAUGCCGCUUGACAAGGCUUCGCUGCGCAAUCCGUUCACGGAUUUGCAGAACCAUCAGUUCUGGCCGGAUAGUCGCUUCGCAGAGGACGAAGAGUUGUAG